AUGCAUCAAGUACAGUUGCAACAGCUGAAAUCAACAGCAAGAAGCUCUGUGUGUGUGUGUGUGUGUGUGUGUGUGUGUGUGUGUGUGUGUGUGUGUGUGUGUGUGUGUGUGUGUGUCCGCUGCUGCGUGGCCCUGUUGGAGCUGUUUGGAGUGGUCAACGGCAGUUGCGAGGGCGCGCCUGCUGCCUGGGUCUGUCCUUUUGCUGAUGGCGCCUCCAACUCUUUGAACAUUUGCCUCAAUUUGCUGACCAGUCUGCCGGAGCACGGUCACGACGACGGCCGCAUUCGCAUCGAGCUUUCUGAAGACGAGUUGACACUGGCCCUUCUCAACAUUGCGAUUGCCCAAGAAGAUGUCAACGGCUCGGACGGAACCGAUGAAGAGCAAGCCCCACCUUCCACCACGUCUGCCCACAUGAUUUCCGCUGCCCACAUCACUUCUCCUGCCCCUGCCUCGGCCCCAGCCGCCCCCACCAAUGCCCGGGAGGCACGGGCCGCCCGUCGGAUGGCGCGAACGCAAGCGCCAGUGCGCGAGGAUUCCGAGACGCGCCGCAAAGCCACCCGAUCGUCAGCGGGCAAGCGCCGCCAACGGCGCUGGCAAAAUCAGUGCUUUCUGCACAGUCUGGCUCACCGCAUCGACGAAGUGCAUGGCUUUACUGACGACGAAGGCAAUGUUUCAUAUCCCGAGGCAGAACCCUCGGCCUUCACCUCGCUGCUGAGCAACCACCAAGCCCGUGAGACGUGGACGAAAUUCUCUGAGCUCCCCCUGCGCAAACAGAGCCAAAUCUUGGCUAAAAGAAGCCCAAAGUCGAUGGUCCAGCGCUCCGAGGAGCAAGCGCGAUUUUUCGCCAUGCCCCACCAGACGCGCAACAACCUUAAACGACAAGCCCUGUCCGUCGAUGCCGUCUGUGAACAAGAGGAGGCCGUUUUGUACAUCCUGGCUCACACCGGCGUCUUUGAGGCCACAGAGCGUGAUGGUCGCCGCCGUACCGUCCUCUAUGCUCUGGCCCAGUAUCACGACCUCGAAUGCACCUCUUCGGACAAGACCAAGGAGGGGCGCGUCGUGCGUGUGGCGGGCCACAUCUCCCACGAGGAUCGCCUUUGGCGUGUGUUGGCUGCUCACCAACAUGUCCCUCGUUCCAAGGCAGGAGCAAAGCCAUUGCCCUUGUUGCAAGCACAACUGCCCAAGGACGACGAGACCGCCACCCAGUGUUUGCUCUUGGAUGCAAUGGAACGUGACUCGGACAGCUCCAACUCUCGCACCAGUGACUCGGAUGCUUUGCUGGCAGAUUAUCAAGCCAUCGAGCACGUUGAUUGCGCACCAGCGGAUGAUGCAUGGCAGCUCUUGACCCUUGAACCAUGAGCCUCUGUAAGGUAUCACAGGUGGUUUGGUUUGGUGGCUCAUGUGAAGUGUGGCUGUGGCAAUCUCCUCAAGUCAAUGCUCUCAGGCGCGCUCUCUCCAUUCUCUUGGCUUCAACUUGUGCUAUGUGUACUGUUGCAGCUGAUCGGCACCCUUGUACCAAACGGAGACCUAUGUCAAUCAAAGAGAUCCAGCAUCAGCCAUGACAUCCAUGAUAUCCACGUUCAUCCAUCUUCGAAUCAAUCAUAAAUUGCGCC